AUGAAUCGCCGAUCCAGAACCUUUCACCGAUCCGGCAACUCCCGUUCCGAGUCGUUUCACAAGUAUCUAAAACCCGGCGCACUUGCCCAAAUUCGGAAUUCGCGUAUGAUCGCCAGAUUCAAUCGAGUCAACUUAGUUUCUCAGAUCUACUCCAAUCGAUCCUCUCUAUCGCCGCCCAGUGCGCCGCUGGACUCCGGUCUGCUUCAGGUUAACAUUGUCGAUGCUUCCCCUUGCUUUGCUGGGAGGGUGUACGGUCCCCCCUGUUUGCAGAGGAAGAAACUUCUGGCUGCUAAGUCCUUGUGGUUCCUCAGCCCUAGCCCGACUAAUCUGGUCCCCGAUUCACCGCCCGAUCCAGUUAUUGAAGUGUUAGGGGGUGAAUUGUAG